GUUCACUGGAGCCGAGGGGCAGGCAAUGAGAGCUGCACUCUGGCCAGGGACGGCAUGAGUGGCAGAGUUGCUGCAAGGCGGUGGGGCUCCCUUCACUUCCUGCUUGGUCCUCUAUCCUCUGUGUCGGGCUGUAGAAGACAGCACCUGUAACAGUACUUUGACCUUCUGGUACCUGGCUACCACCUGAGCUGCUGUAAGUGCGGACGUUCGUGCAGUAGAGAGAGGAUCAUGGUGGCUUUCAAAGGGGUCUGGACGCAAGCUUUCUGGAAGGCAGUGGCAGCGGAAUUUCUAGCCAUGCUUAUCUUCGUUUUGCUCAGCCUGGGAUCCACCAUCAACUGGGGCGGAUCGGAAAACCCCUUACCUGUGGACAUGGUCCUCAUCUCCCUUUGCUUUGGACUCAGCAUUGCCACCAUGGUGCAGUGCUUUGGCCACAUCAGUGGUGGCCAUAUCAACCCCGCUGUGACAGUGGCCAUGGUGUGCACGAGAAAGAUCAGCAUCGCCAAGUCAAUCUUCUACAUCGCGGCGCAGUGCCUAGGGGCCAUCAUCGGAGCUGGUAUCCUCUACCUGGUCACACCUCCCAGCGUGGUGGGAGGCUUGGGAGUCACCACGGUUCACGGAAACCUUACUGCUGGCCACGGACUCCUGGUGGAGUUGGUAAUCACAUUCCAGUUGGUGUUCACUAUUUUUGCCAGCUGUGAUUCCAAACGGGCUGAUGUUACUGGUUCAAUUGCUUUAGCAAUUGGAUUUUCCGUCGCAAUUGGACAUUUGUUUGCAAUCAAUUACACUGGGGCCAGCAUGAAUCCAGCCCGAUCCUUUGGACCUGCAGUCAUCAUGGGAAACUGGGAAAACCACUGGAUUUACUGGGUUGGACCAAUCAUAGGAGCUGUGCUGGCAGGUGCCCUUUAUGAGUAUGUCUUCUGUCCUGAUGUGGAGCUCAAACGUCGCCUCAAGGAAGCCUUCAGCAAAGCUGCCCAGCAGACCAAAAAAAGCUACAUGGAGGUGGAGGACAACAGGAGCCAGGUGGAGACUGAAGACCUGAUUCUGAAACCCGGGCUGGUGCACGUAAUUGACAUUGACCGUGGAGAGGAGAAGAAGGGGAAAGACUCGUCUGGAGAGGUAUUGUCUUCGGUAUGACUAGAAGACAGCACUGAAAGCAGAAGAGACUCCCUAGAGCUAGCCUCGGAUGUCCUGCCACCCAUUAAGGAAACAGAUUUGUUAUAAAGUACCCAUGUCUGGGUUUCUUCUUUCAUGUCUUACUGCUCAGUUUAAACAACACAUAGUUUGCGAUUAUCAAUGGGAGGGGGAGAAGAGACCUAUAAUGAAUAUGAAACUUUAAAAAAGAAAUAAUUUUUAAAGUGGUCCCCAAACAAAUAUGCAACUAGUUCAUCGAGUUCCCUUUCUGUAGUAACAACUGGAAGCGUGUACCAAGAUUAGGUGACGUCUUGCCUCCAGAGCAUGUGGGCACCUCUGUGAGGUAACUGGCAUUGCCAGUCCUCACUUGAAUAGUGACCUCAUUGGAUUGAUUUACCAACGGCAAAACGAAGUAUGUCAUAGUGCCGUGCUCAUUCAAGAAAAAGAAAUGUAGUAAGCUCUUUCAUGAGCCAUCCCUUACUUAUAACUACCUCGAAGGAAAAAAAUCUUAGCAAGGGUCAUUGCUGAUAAGCCAUUUGCAUUUAUAUGGCAAAUAUCUGACUGGCAGUUCCCAAAGCUAAUUCAUUAUAAUCCUUCUUCCUCCUGAAACUCCAAGAAUCUAUAGGGCUAAAGUCAAGAAAUUUGCAAAGAAUAUUAAUUUCUACCCUUGCAUUAGUUCAAUCUAAUGAAACAUAUGCGUGGGACAUCCAGCGAGGCUCAGGAUAGACAGUGCUAUGGAGUCUAAUGGGAGAUGGGGCAAAGGCCUUCCAACUGUCAGAGGGAGGGGAUCUGUGCUCUGUCACCACAUAAUUGGUCUGUUUUCAGUGCUCAUUCUUAACUGCACCACAUAAGACUAACCUAAGCCUUUAAUGGCGUCACCUACUUGUUAAAAUUUAUUGGCAACUGGGGGAUUUGUUUGUCAUUCUGUUAUCUAUAUUGAAACGCUAGCUGGGAUUAGCUGAGUCCUGCCUUUCUGUUGGUGUCUAAGCUUUGCUUAUUCUUGAAGGUGUAAACUGUUCCUGCCCAUCCCAACUUGUGAUGCUGUCUCACUUCCCACGACAUCUGUUGGUGGUCUUCACUGGGAGUGUAAUAACACCUAGAGUGAAUGAAUUAAAGUGCGUGGCAGACAAGGUACAACACGGUUGCCUAAUAAAAGGGUGAGGAGACUGCCUGUGAUUCAAGCUCCCAUAUGACCCACCCUUGCUAUUGCACAUAGCUUAAUGUGUUUUUAAAGUAUCUACCCUACUGCCUGGUUUAUUUGUUCAAACCAUUUGUUUUUCCCGUACUGCUGUGCCUCCCACCAAUAGAAUGCUGUAUGGAAACCCCAGUUUCUACCAUUGUAACUGUCUAGCCUAGCAUUGAUCUUAGACAAUGUGCUGCAAAUGUCAAUUUCACUAAACAAAAGUUAGUAGUGGAAGAGAGAAAGCCCAUCUAGCUAGCUUAUAAAUAGCCGACAACCAAGGGCUUUCUUUUCCCAAGCACAAUUCCAACUGUGUGUGACUUCUUAUUGUUAAUGGCAGUUUUGUGUCUGCGGCAACGAGAUAAUGGACCACUGUUCAACCUGAUUCUCUUCGGUGCUAGGAAACUGAUGUGCAAGUUUCCAGAUAGCCAUGAGACGAGUGUAUGCCUCUCAGUGCCACCGGCAUACUUUACGGCAGAUGCUGGAAGCACGGGUUCCUUUCUCAGGGUAUUGAAAAUAAUACACCAGAUACAUAAGAUUACUCCCUAACAGAGUGGCACUCACAGAAGCAGGGCAGAAACGUCCCAGUGAUGGUUUGUGCCCCUUAUUUCAAGUGUCUUCACAAUGCAUCGCAUAGGCUUAAGGUGAGGGUGCUUCAGUUCAGAAGGUGAUGUCCACCAUCAACAAACCGUGUCAGGUCAAAAGAAGCUGAGCUGACUGACACAAAUAGCUAAGCGGAUUUCUGAUUACUCUUUCAAAACUCUUGGCCUGUGGUUAUAUCUGUUGUGCUGUACAGUUUACUUCAUAUGUACUUGCUUUAACGCUCAUUUCCAGCGGCAGCAUUCAGUAUGGUAGGGACUGCAAAAUAGUGAAUCAUGGCUUUGUGAUUUGUUUUUGUAGCAACUGGCAUAAUGCCAGGCACACAGUAGGUAAUCAAAACAAGCAUGUUACUUGAUAAAAGUAUAUGACUCUCAUUUGGGCUUUAAGAAUACCAAUACUCUCUUCUAAUUUUUAAUUGUGUUCAUCAUUUAACCGAAGUAUAAUUUCUAGUGCUAUCAAAGGAUGGCAACAUGGAUGUGAAAACACACCGUGUUUUUACAAUUUACUGUUGAAGGGCAGAGGGCAAAGGCUUCAGCAUUCUUUAUCUUUGCAUAGGAGACAACUUGUCUUGUAUUUCACUCAAGGCUCUGCCAGUAAAAAAAAAAAAGUGAUGAAAUUGUACCUUUCUAAUGACAUCUAUGCAGCAGGGGUCCAUUGCCUUGUGGAUGGCACCAAAUUAGCCAGUGUAUUAGGAGAUCAGGGCUUUUCCUUUCAUCCUUUCUUAUUAAUGAAGUGCAUAGUGCAAACAGCAUCGUGCUGUUCCCAAGAGACAACCACUGACGGAUACACAGCAGAGAGAUCAGAAAGGAAAAUCAGGAAGACAUGAAAGAUUUAUGCAAGCCACGGGGCAAUGCCAACUGUGUUCCCUCAGGAAGAGAACACAGACACCCCCCAAAUUUCAAGGUGGUCCAUACACUGAGAAUGCACAUAGUCUGUCAAAACAGCGUGGAAAGGAGUCUUUAAAAAAAAAAGAUGUUGAGGGUUCCCUUCAAAUGUAGGACUCAGAUUUUAAACGUGUGUUUCCAUUUUCUUCCAAAACUCCUUUAACUUUUUACACUACAAGGAAGUGUUUUCUGGAGCCUAAGUCACUGUUAAGUUUGUUUCUGUCAUUUGACACUACUCAGAAAGCCUUUUCCUUUUGAUCACUAGAGGGGUGUCCUUUCACAGUUCAUGGAUACUGCUGGCCACAUCUCCCCUAUGCUGAAGAUUUCAUAUGACACUGGAAAUCUCUGAAAAAUGUGCGUGAUAAAAAUGAGCUGAUUUAUUAGAGGUCAGUUCCAAAGCACAGCUCUUCUAGAUGAAUCCAGGCCAUGUGUGUACUGAUCUAGCCUCAUUGAUGGAUGCAAAAUUCCAAACCACAAUAGCAAAUUAAAAUGCUGGCCCGAAUCCUUGCAUGGCCCUUUGAUGCAACAUGCUGACAUCUUCCUCACACAUCACAAAUGUGGCAGAGACACUGCUGCUGUGACAGCUGAAUGGACAACCUCAUAAAAACUAUAAAACGUUCUUAUCGUAAGACUACAGGAUAAUCAUAAGACUGCAAAAUACAUAAAUUUGAAACACUUUGGACCUGAUAGUAAUUACAUCUUUUCCCAGUAAACUCAUAGAGUGGAAAUUAUUAGGAAAGCAUGGUUACUAUAUUAAUAACAAAACUCACUUUCUUUACAUUAAAUUCUCUGAGUUCAUGUCUAGGUCUCAAUUCUUUUCAGAAAACCCCCUACCACAAACCUUUGAAAACCAUAAUUCUCAGAAAUAAAUGUUAGACCUUUAACUUCAAAAAUAAAAAACUGAGAAUACUCACCUUUUGCAAGUAACUUCCCAUAGCCUGUGAAAAUACAUACCCAACAAAUGUUAUACAACAUAUGCUGUAGACACCAAAUUUAAGACCAGUUACACUGUUAACUCUUUUAAGUCAAAAAUCAAGAACUAAAAAAACCACCUAAGUUAUAUAUCCCAUUGUAAUGUAUUCCUAGACUCUUUUCAGGAUUAAGCAAACAUGCAAUUUGUGGAAAUAUAUGAACUAUGUAACAUUUUAUGACCCAAAUCACAAUAAACUUGUAACUCAUAAUGAACUAAGCAAAAUAUAAUGAAUGUAUGGUUAUAUUUACAAUUAUUUAUUAACUGAAAUAUUAUUGCAACAUUAGAGUUAAUGGUAAAGAGAUUUAAACUGUAAUAUCUAAUACUUGGAAAACAUAUUAAAAUGUAUUAGCAGUGUGACUGGGUUCCAUGUCUUAUGUUGCAUAUCGUAUUACUAGACUCACACGAAUAAAUCUCCAAAUGUUUUUAAAAGUAAA